AUGAUUUCCAGGUUUAAGAGUGUGGGUGCUAGACUUGGAGAUGAAGAACUUAUCAGAAAACUGUUCAAUUCAAUAGCGCAGUUUGUAUAUAUGGAGAAAAUGCCGUUUGAAGAAGCUAUAGGGAGACUGGAAGCGUUUGAAGAUAGACUAAGGAAUAGACAGAAGGAUGCAGAUGGUGAUAAUGAGGGUCAGGGAGAUCAAGUUCAAAUACUUACAGAGGAGGUGGUGGCAGAAGUGGGUCUAGAGGCAGAGGCAGAGGUGGCCAUGGGGGGAAGGAUAAGGCUGAUGAUGCAAACCCUACUCAAAGGAAUGAAGAGGAAAUGUAGCUGUUGUUACUUGUUAACAGAACGAGAGGAAGAAGCACAAACCAUGGUUUUGCUCAAUGAGAAGAGAUUAUUUCCUAAGAAGUAUGAAGGUAUGAAGGACUUGUUUGCAGAAUUAGAUGAAAGCAUUACAGGUAAGGUGAGGUUUGGUGAUGGCUCAAAGAGCUAUAUCAUUAGCCUUGGUCAGAUGACAGAGGAAGGCUAUGAUAUAUGGAUGCACAAUGAGUUCUUGAGGAUGUAUGAUCGAGAGAAUGAUCAUGAAGAUGCAGAGGUCGUUGAACAGGAUGGGACACGCCAACUUCCAUAUGUGACAAAGAAAGGGUUGGUGACGCAAAUGCCUGGAAUAUUGCAUACAACACAGGUGUGUGAAGGGACAAAGGUUGAAGCAUUGACAAAGUUCAAGACCUUUACAGCUGAAAUCGAGAAUAAAACUACUUUCAUGGUCAAGAUGCUGAGAACAGAUAGAGGGAGCGAGUUCAAUUCGAAUGAAUUCAUAGGAUUCUAUAAACAUGAUGGCAUCAAGAGGAAAACAACACCCUAUACUCCACAACAAAACAGUGUUGUGGAGCGAAGAAAUUUGAGCAGUCCUGGGUAUGACUAG